CAGCACGCGAACGAUGGCAUGCAGUAAGUACAUCCCCUUUCCUCUCUACAUCCUGUCUCUCAAGUACUGUACUUCUUCAAUUUGUUUCCCCGACUCUAUAUACAUUGUUCCCCAUUUUCCCCCUCCGCUCCCCUCCCCCCCCUCGUCUACCCCAGAUGGGCUCGUACACAUAUACCACCAUUCUCGUUGUAUAGAUGACAUGGUCAUAUAUGUACCAAAUGUAUACCUGUCGUCUCAGUCAUGGACCUGUCCCGCAAACCUCCAACCCAGGUCGACAAGUCCCUGCUCCACCACGAGUGGCAGGACCCCUGGUGAUAGCCUCAUUCUUUCCUUUGAUACAAACCUAGCAAUACCCACCAUCCUGCAGCUCCAACUACUUCAUAACACCCCUGCUCUCUUCAUCAGCUGAAAAGCACCUGUCUCUUCCGCCUUACUUUGUCAACUGUCGUUGAUUCGGAAUGUUCAAUGCUGUGCAGCCAUGAUUGCGUCGUGCCUUGCUGUUGUCGCUCUCAGCAAUACCAAGUCAUAUGGGUAUGCUAAUAUUCUUCUGUGAUACAGCCCUAACCAUCCUUACCAAGCCGACAUGUCACGUCGGACUGAGUUUACUGGUUAUACGCCGCAGCCUCCGAACCCUGGUGCCCAACUGCACCCAUCGCAUGGUCAGCAGCACCAUCAGCAACUACCUCAGCACCAGCAGCACCAGAACCAGACGCAUCAGCAGUCUCACGGUCCCCAUGGGCAGCACCCCCAUCACCAACCCCACCAGCCUUCACACCCAACACAGCAGCAUCAUGCUACGCCUGUUCCACCUCCGAUGACCAUCCCGCAACCAGCAGUUGCGCCGUCUCAACAGUCGACUCCGACCCCAUCCUCCGCUCCGGCUCCGCGUGGCCGUAAGCGCGCUGCACCUGGGCAUCAGCAGCAGGCUCAUCAACAACCGCACGCGCCCACCGCCAACCCGGCGACUCCAGUUCCGACGGCUACAACUGGUGCCGCCGCCUCGAGCACUCCUGCUCCUGCACCGACCCCCACCCCAGUUUCCGCGGCGCCCCAACCGCCGAUGCAGGUCACUCCCGUCGCCCCGCCGGCGGUUCCCACCAAGGAAGAGGCUAGUACACCGGUUGUGCCACCCCCGGCCAAGAAGAGCCGAACGAAUACCCCAUGGACUCCCGCCGAAGAAUUGCGACUCAAGCAGAUGAGGGAUGCAGGCAACAGCUGGGCGGAAAUUGCCAAGACCUUCCCGACGCGAACUGAGGGCAGUGUCAAGAAGCAUUGGUACAAGGAUAUGCACUACGCCGAGUUUGCCGAAGACGAGAGCCAAGCGCUCCUCAGCGCCAUUAAAGAUUACGAGAACAACAAGUGGAAGACUAUAGGCCAGAAAGUUGGAAAGCCAGCUAAGGCUUGUGAGCAAUAUGCCAAGGAGCAUUUUCCAGAACUGUUCUCUACGCAAAAGGCACGUUAAGAAAGCCCAGGCCCUAGGCCCCAUAUCUCGUUCUGAGUGUCCCAUUUCUGGCGUUGGCGCACAAACCCUAUAUGCUUCGAUCUGCUCAUUCUUAUCAGGUUUUGUAAGAGAACAGGCUCUAUGAGGUCAUCUUCGGCAACAUCCCACUAGUACGUGGAGACCGGACUUUCACAACUUCGUAACCUCUGGUUGUACCACGACAUGGGAUGAAGGGAGAUAAACGACACGGCGGCG